AUGACCCCGUUGAUAUCCCCAUCCAUGGAUGGAGUCCAUGCCAGAUCCUUGAUCAACCUCGUAAGCGACGGGGCUUGUAGCGUGCUUCAUCGACAACGGUUUUGUUUUUUUUUUUCCCCUUAUGUUUUGGUUCCCCUUCUUCCCUGCUUGCGUUUCUUCCUGGCCAAUUUCUAUGGCAGGACUUGGAUAGGACAAAGCGUACUCCGUACCCCGGAGGGCUGGGCUGUUACUGUACGGAGUAACUUUUGCGUUGUUCGCCUUCCCCCUUUUCUUUUUUUUUUUAUAUAUGCGUGGCAGCCACCACCUCUGAACUCCUCUGUACCUGGAGAACGACAACGGGCCUUGGUAACAUCUGAUUCAGGAACCCCUUAG